AUGUCAUCCACCUUAUACGAUUCGACAUCGAUGUCAUCGACAUCAAGAUUAAAAUGGAAAUAUUUACAUCAAUCUAAAAACAGAUCAUACUAUAGCGAAAAACCAACACCAACUAAUCAUAUUCACCCGAAGCAAUCCUUAAAUAGUGAUUCAUCAACAUUGACAACAAAUGGGUCCAUAGAUAAUAAACAUCCACAUCAUUGUAUUCGAUCAUCAGCAUCAUCAUUAUUAUCGAUGCCCAUUACAAAUAAGUGUUCAACACAAUCGAUACUGCCAUCAUCUGAUCAACGAUUAAUAUGGCAAUUCAUUGCUCAUUAUGACAAUUAUCCAUCAGUGAUUGGCCGAUCAUCCAUUCGUAGCAGUAGUAAUCGCAAUCACCAUCAUGACCUAAAUAUCGAUAAUAAUAGUGGCGAAAGUGGUUUAACAUUUCUUCCAAAUUCAGCAGAUUUUAGGAAUAAAAAUCCUGCCGACAAACGUGGAUUACCUAAACAAGGCAAGCAAGAUGACCCUUUUUUGGAUAUUGCCGAAGGUAGUGGUGGACAACAUCAUCGAAAUCCAAACAAUCCGAAUGAAGAUGAAGAAGAUGAUGAUGAUGAUAAUUCUGAAAUUGAUGGUUCCGGAGCUGGUGAUUCGAUCAAUGAUAAACAAUCAUCUACUACAUCAUCGACAUCAACAUCCACUACAACAUCGACAACGACAACUACUACUACAACCACAACCACAACUACAACCAUGAAACCUAGUAUAAUGUCCACCACUGUUUUUCCACCAAAUACGCCCAAAUCUAAGAUUUGCAAAACUCCUAUCGAUGAUGAAGAUUUGGAAGGAUCUGGUGAUUGUAUUGAUAAUAACGAUAGCGAUAUAGAAGGAUCUGGAGCUUCCCACAUAGAUCAGGAAUCUGUAGCUGUGCCUAGCAGCAGCAGUACGACAGAAUCAUCAAUAGUUGAAAUUCCUUCGUGGACAACAUCGACUAUACGUCCAUUGACUACUUCAUCAUCAACAACCACGACAACUAGCCAACCGUCAAUGAUGACUCCAAGUGUUGAUGAUGUCGAAUUUCCAGAUUAUGUUACACCUCCAAAAUAUAUCCCACCACGUGCGCCAUCAGCUUCAGCGUCAUUCUUUGCACGACCCGGAAUUCUUGCAGCUGUCAUUGGUGGAACCGUGGUCGGAUUAUUGUGUGCCAUUCUGAUGGUCAUGUUUAUCGUAUAUCGUAUGCGUAAGAAGGAUGAAGGCAGCUAUCCUAUCGAUAAAACGACCAUAACAAAAACUUAUCGUGCCGCCCAUAAUCAUCAUCAUCAUGUGAAUCAUCAUCAUCCUCUUCAUAGUAACAAGCAAUAUGCGUAAUCUGAUGAUAUGGAUUUUUAUUGUGAUGCUUAUAAAGCACACAUUGAAAAAUCACACAUUUAUAGUGAUGAGCUCUGUA